CCGGGUCGGGUGUGCAAAUGAAACAGGUGUCGGUGAUUCUGUAAUUCCUUUUAUGAUGAUUGUGACUACUGGUUUGCGUCUGUGUCCAUGCCGUGCGCGCGUGUGUCUGUUGUGAGAGCAGGACAUUUGAUUUGCCAGCAAUUUACUCCGUGUCCCGAUGCGCUCAUUGGUGCAUCUCUCCAACGUGUCACCUGUUUUGGUGGAUUACCCCAGAUAUCUUCACCAUCAGGACAGGGAAACACCACUCAUUUCUCUCAGCUCCUGCCUCCACGGUGUCCAGCUGCCAACACAGGUCUCUGACAGUUUGGAAGCUUGCAAAGAACAACUCUACAAGCGAGAUUUGAGACUCAACUAUCAAUUUAUUGACUUGAAGACCGAGGAUGACAUCGCAUUUCUCAUUCACACUGUUUCUAUUUUUGGCACCCUUGCUAUUUAAGGGUCUCUGGGUCAGUGGCUCCCGGGGCUGCCCGUCCUGUGGCUUGCCGGCGAUGGAGAAAGACGCAGAGCAGCGGUUGAUGAUAGAAUUCGCCAAACAGCAACUUUUGGAGAAGCUGCAUCUAAAAGAGAAACCAAAUAUAACUCACACCGUGCCCCGGGCUGCGCUCCUAACUGCGCUGCGCAAACUCCACGCGGGGCGCGUCAGACAGGAUGGCACCCUUGAACUAGAAAACUCAAUUCCUACCAAAGAUCAAGGCUAUGAAAUAGUGAGCUUUGCUGAUAUGAAUGAGACAGAGAGUGGUGAUGGGGCCAGUCUCAGCCUUACCUUCCAGUUUCUGCAGGAGCGCGGCCGGAGCAUCCAGGUCCUCCAGUCUUCGCUGUGGAUCUACGCGCGCUCCUCGGGCGACCCUCGCCGGGACUCCCGCCUCGCUGCGAAGGUCUUCCUCUCCGCCGACCACGGUGCGUCCGGCCCCAAUCGCACGCUGGUGAUGGAAAAGAUGCUGGAGGUCCGCGAGAGCAACUGGCACACCUUCCCCAUCACCCGCACGCUGCAGGCCUUCCUGGACGGGGGUCAGCACCGGCUGCGGCUGGAGGUGAGCUGCGACGAGGACGGCAAGAACCUGUGCUCCCUGGACGGCUCCGCCGGCACCCCCCACCAGCCCUUCAUGGUGGCCCAGGUGCGUCUCCGCGAGGACACCUCCAGGCACGCGGUCCGGAAGCGCUCGCUGCGUUGUGGCGACGAGGUCACCGUAUGCUGCAAAAAAGACCUAUACAUCAAGUUCAAGGAUAUCCAGUGGGACGAGUGGAUCAUUGCACCCGAGGGCUACCACAUGAACUACUGCAUGGGCCAGUGCCCCCAGCACCUGUCCGGCUCCCCGGGGAUCGCGUCCUCCUUCCACGCCACGGUCUUCAGUCAGCUGAAGAUCAACGGCAUCAACACGGCUGCAUCCUCGUGCUGCAUCCCCACGGAGCGUCGGCCGCUCUCCAUGGUCUACUUCAACUCCCAGCACAGCAUCGUCAAAACGGACGUCCCCGACAUGAUCGUGGAGUCCUGCGGAUGCACAUAGACACGCGUCACGCGUGGCGGUAGCUCGUAGUCACAACGAGACUUGUUGAGCCGUGUGCGUUUGGGCACGAACAUUUGGGAAAAGUUUAUCAUUAAGAUACAGUGUAAAGUUUUUACUUUGGUUUGCCCCCAAGUUAGACACAUGCUGUAGAGGACACCGCUUUCUAGUUUACAUAUAAAAGGUGACUCUAGUGUCACAAGCUUUGGUUAAGCAAUAAACUAUUAGCCAGGUUGUAUGAUUGUAAAGAAAAAUCUGACCCGAAUUUCUUUAAUCGCUUGGUUCAUAACGGUAGAAAAAGAGUAGGAAUGUGUGAAAACGUCCUCACAACUGAUAUUAAUGUCAAAUGUUUUAUAGAGGUGAUUUAAGGAAUUGCUUAUGUUAUCAAAUCAAACAUAAAGCGAUUAUUACGACGCCUCCACUGAAAUAUGACAUGUAAAUAAUAUGUAUUUUAUUUAUUUUUGGUUUCAUAACUGUUGCUUCUUUUUAGGAUGCAGUGAAAUGUUUGUGUCGCCUCUUUUAAGUCUUCAAAACUCACCAACUAUUUUUUCGUUUCAUGUCAUAGAUAAAGUGUCCUGUCCACAUAUGCUAUAUCUUUUACAUAACUGAUGUGUCUUUAUGGCAAAUCUGCACCCCUGGGUGCUCCUACUGGGGUGAAGCGCUUUGAAACAACGAUGAAUCCUUGAUUUAGAGCGUGCCUUCUUCUGUAACUCGUGAUUACCAAGUGCAGCUUGAAGUUAUGUUAUAUGAAGUCACUUUGGCUAAACGAAGGGAAAAAUACCAAAAAGUUUCAUUUUAUCACUUGUCCCUUACUACGUCAGUAUUUUUACCUGUGUUUACGACCUGUGACUCAAUGCUCAUGUGGACAACGUGUCAUUUUAUUAUAUUGUGGUGUUGUGAUAAGAAAGACUCUGAAUACAUAAAGUCUGCCACGCGUUCUGUCUCACUGGAGCCAUUGGUGCCCGCGAGUCGAAAUAUGUUUAAUCAGCAUCUCCACUGUAUUAUUUGCACAGGUCUGCUAAUCAGUUGGGUAACGGUGGCUCUAACAGCACAUGAACCCAGGGUCAUUUCUCAGCAGCGUGAGCAAACAUUUAGCUAUUGCUUCAGUGUCAGUCAAUGUGAAGGUCUGCGAGGCAGUUGGGUCAACGAGCAUGUGCUGUCGCACGUUGGCAUUUAUGUUUCUCAAAGUCUAAAGUUUUCUGGGGGUGACGUAAAAUUAGAAGCUUUCUAGCAACUGAACACAUCUCUGGAUUCCAAAAAGUUGGGCCUACGUGCUGUUCUGAUGUACAGCGCUGAGUCAGACCCGGGAAAAUGACCACGUCACUUGUAUUUAAACAUACUAGAAGAAAAGGUGUGGUGUUCGACUACCUUGCAAAGCAACAUAGGAUGAAAAUAAAAUAAAAAUAGCAUCACCAAAAACAGUGGUGAUAGAUUUUGGCAGGAGAGACCUAAACAUUGACACAAUUUAUUGCCAGCGACAUAUGACAAUGAUAUUCUAUAGGAAGCAGCUGAAACAUACACAAUCUAAACUUUGUUAACGCUGUCCUGAUGAACUGAAUGGCUCAAGAACCCACAGAAACCACAGAACCGUACUACUAUGACACAGAGAGAACCUUUUUCAGUGAACAACAAAAUAGCCUAGAGAUAUGUGGCAUAACUCUGCUGCACCACAAUGAUUGAAUUGUAUUAGUACCUAAUACUGUUUUGAUGCUUGAGUUUCUAGUUUGUUGUACUUUGUAAGCACUUCCUGUCUCAGGACUUAAUGUGACGUUGAGGUGCCAUCAUAUCUUACGCACUUUAUCACCCUACUGUACGUUUAGAGCAGGUCCAUUAGUUACUUAACUCAGGUGGGCACUACAGAAAGAUGUAACUAUGCCUAGAAAAAUCAAAUGUAAUCAGCUUCUUAUCUUAAGCGCUGGUUCAAUGUGUGGUGUUGUAUGUACAAUGCAUUUCUAUAAUAAUUAUUGGACAAGGAGCCAGGAUUGAUUUGUGUUCAAAUAAGAAGUUGUGUCUUUAAUAUUUUCAUAAUAUCAUAUUUUACGGACAAUGGUUGAAUAUUUUUAAUAAAUGAGCUUUUG